CAAAUUCAACAUCCCACUGCUACGUUAAUUGCACGAGCAUCCACAGCACAAAAUGAUGAAGUUGGUGAUGGAACAACAUCUACUGUUUUGUUAAUUGGUGAAUUGUUGAAGCAAGCUGAUCUUUAUAUAGCAGAGGGACUUCAUCCUCGAAUUCUAAACGAAGGGUUUGAAUUAGCCCGAGAUAAAGCUCUUGAUAUCUUAGAAGACAAAAAGAUAAUCUGUGAAAUGGAUAGAGAAAAAUUAGUUAAUGUAGCAAAUACUUCUUUGCGCACAAAGGUGAAUUCUAAGCUAGCUGAUCGUUUAACUGAGAUUUGUGUUGAUGCUGUUCUCUCUAUUAUAAGACCUGGUGUGCCUAUUGAUUUGCAUAUGGUAGAGAUCAUGGAAAUGAAGCAUAAAACAGAUAUGGAUACUUCCCUUAUUCGUGGAUUAGUCUUAGAUCAUGGAGCAAGACAUCCUGAUAUGAUGAAAAAAGUAGAAGAUGCAUAUAUUUUAACUUGUAAUGUUUCUUUAGAAUAUGAAAAAAGUGAAGUCAAUGCAGGUUUCUUUUACAAAUCAGCGGAAGAAAGGGAGAAGCUUGUCAAUGCAGAGCGAGCUUUUAUUACAGAAAGAGUCAAAAAGAUAAUUGAACUUAAGAAAAAAGUCUGUGAUGGGACGAAAAAAGGAUUUGUUGUAAUCAAUCAAAAGGGUAUUGAUCCAAUGUCUCUUGACCUGCUUUGCAAAGAAGGAAUAGUUGCUUUAAGAAGAGCAAAACGGAGGAAUAUGGAAAGGUUAACUUUGGCUUGUGGAGGAGAGGCCAUGAAUUCAGUUGAUGAUUUAACUCCAGAUUGUUUAGGGGAAGCUGGAAUGGUAUACGAACAUGUUUUAGGGGAAGACAAAUAUACUUUUGUUGAAGACUUGAAAAAUCCUCAAUCCGUAACUGUUCUAAUUAAAGGACCAAAUGCCCAUACCAUAACUCAGAUCAAGGAUGCUGUCCAUGAUGGAUUAAGAGCUGUAAAAAAUGCUCUUGAAGAUGGAUCAUUAGUGGCAGGAGCUGGUGCAUUUGAAGUUGCAGCACACUGUGAAUUAAUGAAAUACAAAUCAGAAGUUAAAGGUCGCCUUCAACUUGGUGUCCAGGCAUUUGCAGAUGCUUUAUUAGUGAUACCUAAAACUUUAGCUGUUAAUGCCGGUUAUGAUCAGCAAGAAAUAAUCGUUAAAUUAGUGCAAGAAUAUAAUUCUGCUGGAGGCGCAAUGAUUGGAUUAGAUAUUAAUACAGGUGAACCUAUUGUCUCUUCUGAUGCUGGCAUCAUGGAUAAUUACAGGGUUAAGAAGCAAUUGCUUAGUUCUUGUUCUUCUAUUGCUGGAAAUUUAUUAUUGGUGGAUGAAAUUGUAAGAGGUGGACUUACUUCUACAAGAGGAAAAUAAUUUUUACAUUGAUUCAAACUAUUUAAUUCAUAAGGGGACAUUCUUGCUUUGCAGUUUUUCGUAUUCAAACAUUGGUAUUUUAAGCCAUAAUAUUUCACUUAAAUUCAACUAUUGCCUUCUUAGUAUUAUUUCAUUUUAACUCAUUGUUAUUCUAAAUUGUUCAAAACUGCUAUUGUAUGCUCGGCUAUUUUACUUACAUUGCUCACUAAAUAGAAUUCCACAUUAACAUUUUGUAUGGUGAAAAAGUUAACACUUGAUAUAUGCUUUUUAUGUAUACAUUUAUUGAAAAAUUUAUAAAAGUGUAUAAAUAAAGCCAUAUGUUUCAA